AUAGGAGCAAGUCUGCUGAUCAACUGGGGAAUGAUAAACUCGGGAAUCGCGUUGGGGUUUCCUUCCGUUGCAGUUCCACCCCUACUGGGUUCCGGCCCUGGCUUACACGCUUCUGUCAGCGAAGCAUCCUGGGUAGCCGGUCUCAGCUUCGCCUCAGCGCCAGUGGCCGCGCUGAUGGCUGGGCCACUGAUUGACAGUAUCGGCCGCCGCUGGAGUCUCCAGCUGCUGAACGUAACGUUCGCAGCAGGCUGGCUGCUGAUAGCAGCCUUUCCCCUCUCUCUGCUCGCCCUGUACUCCGGCCGUCUGCUGACAGGGUUCGGGAUGGGGCUGGUGGCCUCCACCGCCGCGAGCUACACAGCUGAAAUCGCUUCCGUGUCUCUCCGCACCGUCCUUGUCAAUUUUAUCCCAAUCAUGAUGGCCUAUAAUUGUCUCGAAGAGCUACAAUAG